GCACUCGCGGAGCGACAGCGAAACACCAAGUCGCUUAAGUCGAACGUGCGCCGGAGUCAGUUGUGCGCGAAACGCAUGUUCGGGUAGACCAUGUCCGCGUAACGCUCCGUUCAAUUAUCCAGAAAUCGUGAUAGAACGCAGCGCACACACACCGGACUCCAAUUGGAAACACAACCGCAUUUCCAAUCGCGACAUUUUCUUUAACUUCACACAACGAUUCGAAGAAGACUAUUAUAUUACAACACGUUUUGUUUUGGGACGAUUUCCGCAUGUGGGGCAAAUGAUAACGCAUCGCACAACAGUGAACUCGACUCUCGUACUAGUGCAGUGUUACAAGCGAAAAAUUGCGUCAAUUGUGGAUUAUCUUUAAGCACACUUUGCGACAGUGUUCAACAGAUCGUGCAGUGAAGGCGUAUGGUGACGCGUCAGGAAGGAAAACCACCAGUGAAAUGUAUUAUCUGCUCAAAUAUGGCUGAAAACUAGUGCACGCACGAUUGAAUCGAAUAGUCAUUAAAGUCAUGCAUGUUGUUGUUUAAUUCGAUGUCAUUUCAUGCGAACGAUGUAAACAGAAUGGAAUUUGCAUGUCACUCGAGCAAUUCGCAAACCGCAGCUCGCCGAAAUGACUAAAUGACUAACCGAGGGAUGUGCGACUAACUGCUGCCCCCGAAGAAACACCGCCGUCAGCAUGUUCGACAACCUGAUCACGCGCAUAACGUCGCCGGCGGCGCGCCGCCGCCACACCUAUCACUGUCCGGAGGUGCAUUCGGACCCGGAGGACAAUGACGAGUGCCUGCCGGCGAGCGCGACCAGCGCGACGAGGAAACCGCGUCUCCUGGAGCGCCGCCGCAAGGGCCGGCGGGUGCCCGAGCCCGGACUCCGACAGGCGCGCAGUCUUGGCCGACUGGACGGUCUCAAAGAGGCUGAACGCCUUGCGGAUUACGGCCGAUUAUUAAGCGGAUCCCAACCAGCCCUCAACGGAAGAAAAAAGGAUUUGGACAGGAUACAGGACCUCUUCCCCAAUGAUUACUUGGGUCUUCACGCAAGCGAAGCGAAUUCAUCGUAUCAUGUCAAGACCAAGUCGUUCCGAAAGAAGUCGUUCUCGGACCUCUCGCUGGUGGCGCACGAGCUCAGUCGCGACUGCAAUCGUAUCUUUCUGGUCGAAGCACCGUGUGCCAUGGCGUUGCCCAACUUCCCGAUGACGGCGAAACCACGUCACCUGUUCUUGUUCUCUGAUCUGCUGCUGGUCGCCAAGCCACGCAGCGGUGGCACAUUCAAGCUUAAAGAGAGCGUGAGGGUGUCUGAAUUAUGGCUCGCAGCAUGCCCUGAAUCCGAGACAGGAUUCCUUAUUGGAUGGCCAAAUCCUGCCAGGACCCUCCUGGUGUCAUUUUGCACACAGGCAGCGAGAGAUUCAUGGUGGCGUGAAUUGCAACAGGCGUUGCAGGCGCAGCUUCGACUGGAGCCGCCCGUCACCAACAUCAAAGUCAUAUUUCGGGAUCCGUUGUCCGGAACGGAAUGCUCAAAAACAAUUGGCGUGGGACCAGAUACGUCUUCAGGUGAGUUGGCUCGUUUAGCAUUAGACGAAACCAGAGCCAACGAAUGGGGCUACACAUUGUACGCGAAAGAUCGUGAUUCGGCUGGUUGUCCACUAUUGGGUUGUGAGCGUCCACACUCUAUCCAACUCGCCAGGAUACGCCAGUCCCUUUGCACCGAGGAGGGUUUCGACCUGACUCACUGCAACAACAAUCGGAUACCCAGCGAUAUUGUCUUCGAAUUGAAGCCGAACUGCAAACCAUCCGUUGCUAACAGAAAAACACCUUUGAAGUUGUUCAGAAAGAACCUGUGUAAGAUUUUCGGCGUGCCGCUGAAUCGCCUCUGCGUCAACAACGUGUUGCCGCAGGUGUUGAUGUCUAUCCUCCGAGCGUUGUUCCAGCGAGGACCACAAACACAGGGCAUCUUCCGGCGCUGUGCAUCCGCCAGGGCGUUGCGCGAGCUGCGCGAAAAAGUUGACUGUCAAGGAGCGUCCAUUUGCGCGGAAAUCGCGUCGACGCCCGCGCUGCUGUUAGCCGCAUUGUUGAAAGAAUUUCUCCGCAGUCUGCCGGAGCCAAUUCUCAGCGGUAACGCACAGGAAUGGCUGAACGUGGCGAGCACCGGCCGCGUGGAACAAUUGCGCCGUUUACUGCGGACGUUGCCCAGGGAAAAUCACAUGCUGUUGGCGCAUAUUGUCAGCGUACUGCACAACAUCGUGAAGCGAUCGCGAUUCAAUCUGAUGUCGGCCGCCAAUUUAGGAGUCUGUGUUGGGCCGAGUUUGCUCUGGGAGCCGUCGCAGAAUGCACCGAUGCGUACACUUCCGACUUUAGUCGAGAUGUUGAUCAAUCAUUGCCAAAAUUUGUUUGGUUCUCGAGUGGUGACAUUACUCGGCGAAGUCGCCCAUGAUAGUGGUGCCGAGGAAUCAGAUAGUCUUCAUUCUGUGGGACUUUCUCUGGAUUCAGUCGAGCUCUCCAAGGACCAGAAAUCAUUAUCCCGUGAUUCAGGUCUCACACUCUCCGAGGACGACCGGGACUCACCGGGCUUGUUAUACACAAACCCUUCGUUUCACAGAUCGGACUGGAGUCGCCAAGCGGCGAGGAUGCGCACCCUCGACAACAAUUGGAUCGAAGAAGACGAGGCAUUCUGCACAUCCAACGAAAGCCUCUGCGGGCCACCGAUACCACCGCGUCGGCCACCGCCUCUACGACACCUACCACCCGUGCAUCUACCGCCGAUCUAUCGCCCGCCGCCACCACCACCCCCGACGUACGCUACGGCCAGGUUGCUGCUGGUAACCGACGCCGAAAGCGAAAGCUACGUCUGAUUUGUGUUUUUAUCUACUGACGCCAUUGCGUCCGCAUUUAUUCUUACAAGUAUUAAACACAAUAUGACAGAUUAUGCACUUGGUGCAAGAACAACGUUGUCUUCCAGGCAUGCCGCAUGCGCCUUGCAUUUAUUUUGCGCCAAGUGACAGGAGAUUCGAGCCAGAUUGACGAUGCGAAUGCAAAAUUUACAAGAGCCAUAAUGUUUUUGAGUGAACCAGCUGCAGGGUUCACUCGACGCAUAAUAAUUGUAUGUAACAUUAAAGUAAUAAUUGAUUGAAUGUUUUCUAAUUCUAUUAUAAGAGUAUAUUUUGAAUUUUUCGUUUUACGUGUAUAAUGUAUAUUAUUCAAUUUCUAUAUGUAAUCAUAUUAAGCGCCAAUAUUAUUACGACACUUAUAUCUUAUAUUUGCAAAUGUUUGGUGUAAAUAACGAGUACAAACGCACGCGGAGAAGUAGUAAGCUUAGCGUUUAUCGUUUUUUUUAACGUAAAUACAUACGUAAUUCUUCCGGCUCUUUGAACUAAAUAUAAAAUGCAUUAUAUGUACUGCAAUUUUGUAUAUAAAAAAACGUUUAUAUUAUACAUAGGAAUAUAGAUGUAUUCAAAUAUACAAAGAAUAUAAGAAAUAAACGUACAUAUUUAUAAACUCA